AUGUUUCCUUUAUCAGAUUCCAAGAAACAGGUUUCGUGGCGGACAUGGGGAUCUCGCUGGCGCUCGUCCGAUACAUUUAUUCUCAGUACCAUGUCCAUGGCACUGUUCACUGACGAGAUGCUCUUCGCCUUCAUGGUCCCACUGCUCCCUCACAUCUUCGAGAAUCGCCUAGGGCUAGACACAUCCCUUACCCAGCGAUUGACCUCCAUAUUUCUAGUUGAAGGAGCAUUUAUAUCUAUCGUCUCAAGUCCAUUCAUCGGGAAUCUAGCCGACAGAGCUAGCUCUAAGAAGGUUCUACUACUGGUAUUGCUGAUACUGACGCUGAUCAGCGUACUCUGUCUAUCAAUCACUACAUCCCUGCCCUGGCUCUUCAUCGGUCGCUUCUUCCAGUGCAUCGUCAGCAACGCAUUAUUUAUCGUCGGCAUGGCCACAAUGGCCGAGAACAUCGGGUCAGAACACAUGGGCAAGAUAGCAGGUUUGACCUCGACCCUAGUAUCAGCCGGAACAUGCUCCGGUCCCGUUAUUGCUGGGUUUCUCUUUGGAAUUGGAGGAUACUGGACGGCGUGGGCUGGCGCGGCUCUGUUUCUGGUCGUGGAUAUCAUUAUGCGUCUGCUCAUGAUUGAAAAACCGCAGAAACGUCGCGAUACUGCGUGCCAGAGUUACAAUGGAUGUCUGUGUGUUGAAGAACAUGGACACUCGUCUGAUACAGAGCCACUCCUCGACGGAGAUCGGUCAUCGACUACCGAGGAAAUGGGUGGUUGGCGGCUUUACGUCUGCCUUUUCCGCCAGCCUCGCUUUACGGCGGGAAUUCUCAGCUAUUUUGUCUUUGCGCUGUUUAUUGCUAGCUUCGAGUCGACUAUUGCGAUGCAUGUCCGGGACGCUUUUGGUUGGGGCGUUUUCCCGGUCGGGCUUUUGUUUGCGUCUAUACAGGGACCGGGGAUUAUCUUGGCUCCUUUUGUUGGUUUGUUGAAGGACCGUGUGGGAUCGAGAGUUCCCACUACUGUUGGGUUUAUCUCUAUUGCGCCUUUCCUAUGGGUUCUUGGUGUCGCUGGUGAUGACCGCUUUCCAUGGGCUACUUUGGGAAGUAGGGGAAAGAUCAUAUAUUGCGUUGGCACGACUAUGACUGGGUGUUUUACGUGUUUGCUCAUGGGGGUUGGAACUAUGGAAGCAACCAAAACUGUUGAUGAGUUGGAGACAUUGCAUCCUGGCAUAUUCGGUCCCUAUGGAGGUUAUUCUCGUGCUGUCGCAACCACAAAUAUGAGUUGGAUGUCUGGUCUACUCGUGGGACCCAUCUUGGCUGGAUUUAUGGUCGAAAGGUUUGGGUAUCUCAAUCUGCAGUGUGUGCUUGCGGUUACUUCCUUGCUGGCUAGCGUCAACGCUGCCUUCAACCUCAGUUCGACCGGUCGUAAAAAGGAAGAGUGUGAUAGUGAUCGGGGCUGA